AUGCUCUUGCCUCGGAGGAAGGCGGAGGAGGGAGGGAGGGCAGGAGGAGGAGGAGGAGGAGGAGGAGGAGGAGGAGAGAAGAACGGCACCACCAAGAGCCCUUACAGGCUGUUGAGUACUGACGAAGACGGCUUCACCGAUGAUUCUGAGAUCGAUGUUGAGAGCGCAGCAAGCGGAUCGCGAAACAGAGGAAGAGGUGGGAGGAAGGACGAGUACGUAGAUGAUCUCAACGACGAGGACGAGUGGGACGAGCAGAGUGAAGGGUCUCAGCGCUAUCAGAGCCAGGACGGGCAGUCAUAUGACAGCUUGGAGGACAGCCAAGGAAGCCAGGACGAGAUUGACGCUGAAAGGUACGAGGAGGAUGAGCAAUCGAGCGAGAGCCGAAGCAGAGGCGACGAGGAGUACGACGACGAGAACGGGUACAGCCUGAGCGAGGAUGGAGAGCUGGUGUCGGAGAGGAGCGAGUCGCAGGGGAGCGAAGGGAGAGAGAUGCAGAGCGGAAGCUGGAGCGAGGCCUCGAUGCGAGAGGACGAGGAGGUGGAGGAUGAUGACUACGAUGAGUUCAUCGUCUUGAAUCAGUACCUGGCUGUCCUCAGGAAGAAGGAGUUGCUACCCCAGAUCCUCACGCUGCACGAAGCCAUAGAAGCCUUUCACAAGCAUGCUGUCUUCCACGAGAAUGCAAGCAAAGUUGAAAAAACGCUGAACGUGCAGGAGUUUCAGACUUUGAUCCAGUCCGUGCUGGCGGAGAAGGUCUGGGCCAGCACCUCCACGAAAAUCUCUGAAGCAGACAGUCGUUCAGACAUUGGGGACAAGGAAGAGGAGGAGGAGGAGGAGGAGGAGGAGGAGGAGGAGGAGGAGGAGGGGAGAGCUCAAAGAGUUACACAAACCCGCAACGCUUUCAAGAACAUCAUCGAACAUGUUGAGAACGGGCGACUGAGCACCCUCAAGGAGGCGGAGGAAGGAGAUGUCAACUCUUCCAACGAUGCUGCAAGCACUGAGAACGCGAGGGAGCGGAGGGCUGAGACCUUGAGGAGGGAGCAGGGGGACGGGAGCAGGCAGGUGGGAGGCAGGCAGGAGGAGGAGGAGAGGAGAGAAGAUCGCAACGAGUUCAUGAAUGCAUGGAAGGAAAGUUUUGACAUCACCAGGAGCCAGCCAAGGAAGGUCAACAUCGACAACUUCCAGCAGGAGAGGAGAAGCACGGGGGACAGCCAGGAAAACAGAAGGUCAGGAUACUCUAGAGUCUCCAACCAGUCCCAGCAGUCCCUGCUGGACGGUGAGUCGCCCCUGAGCUCAAGAGAGUCGAAGGAGGCGCCGAGGACGACUGGCCGAGUUGGCCAGCUGCUGGGAAAGUUCGAGGGGGGCAGGAAUGCCGUCCAGCCGAGCGCCAUUGGGGAGGCAUCGCCAUUGGGGGGGAGGGGGAGGGAGAUGCCGAGCGUGAGGGUGCAGGAGGAGAAGGGAGUGUACCUGCGGCAGGCAGAGGCGGAGCAGGAGAGGGGACUGCAGGAGAAGUGCGUCAAGCUGGAGCUGAGAAAUCAAGAGCUGAAGGAUCUGGUGUCGAGGAUGAUCGCUGAGCGGCAGAAGGAGAUGGAGACGAAGAGGUCGGAAGACGUCGACGCUAAGAUCGAAAGCCUUGAGCAGGAGGUUCUGCGAUGGAAGGUGGCGGCGCAGGAUGAGCUUGCGGAACAGAAAGGAGGAGCAAAGGAAAGAGACUGGGAGUUGUGA